CAGCAGUGCGCUGUGUCCCUUGGACACAGCGGAUCACCGAUCAACGGAAAGAGCAGAAGAUUUUGGCUCAGUCAUGUGAUCAGCUGUGCCCAAUCAGAGCUGAUCACAUGGGACAUGUACACUGAUCAUCAGGGCACUGAUGAUCAGUGUGCCCUGAUGAUCAUUGUAGCCCCAGCAGUGCCACCUGUCAGUGUCCAUCAAUGCCAGCUGUCAGUACUCAUCAGUGCCACCUGCCAGUGCCCAUCAGUGCCACAUCAAUGCCACAUAUCAGUGCCUGCCAGUGCACAUCAAUGCCACAUAUCAGUGCCCAUCUGAGCUGCCUUUCAGAGUCAUCUAUCUGUCCAGUCAGUGCCACCUAUCAGUGCUGCCAAUCAGUGCCGCCGAUGCCAGUCAGUGCCGCCUAUCAGUGCCGACAAUCAGUGCACAUCAGUGCUGCCUAUCAGUGCCACCUAACAGUG